GGCAUAAGAAGAUACAAACAUGGCGCUAGGCAAAUAGCAGGCCGCAGUGGUACAUUUGAGACAUAAAAUGAUGAAGCUCUUUUAAAGAGAGAGAAAGAAAGUUUAAAUCGUAGAUCAAUAAAUAAAUCUUUGUUUGAAAUCAAAAUAGCUAAAAUCCAAAGCCGAAGUAAGUUAACAGAAAAAAAAUUACAAUUUGUUUUAAAAUUUUAAUAAAAUCUUGUUUUUCGUCGUACCUAUGAAAUCAGUAAUCAGCCCAUUUCUCAAUCAAAUGAAAUAAAUUCUCAUUGAUUAUUUGCUUAUGCAAAGGUGUUAAAGAAAUGAUUUCUUGGUGUAGUUAUUUUGACAUUCGAAAGGCUGGAGAAGUAUGUUUGAAAUAAAUACCUUAAUUCUUGACGAGUUUAUAAAAUGACUUGAAAAUGAAGAACGGAAGUAUUGAACUUUUGGAAUCCAAAAUAGCUGAGCGUAAUGAACGCGCUAAAAAGGUUUAUCGGUAUGUUAGUGAUGUUGCAAGACGCCUCAGCGAUGCCACAGUAUGUAGUCAGACCCUUGGCGAUCUUUUCACUGUCGACAUCGAGGCACAGCGACAAAAACUUAGAGACCACUGUGAGAAGCUGUUCUUUCUGGAUCCACUGAAUUAUGGUAAAAAGUCCUUAGAGUUGCUAUGGCGAAAAGUUUAUUAUGAUACUGUGACCCACGCAAAAAAGUUACGUGAGUCUGAUAAUGAAUACGACGAUUAUUUAUUCUCACAUAUUAUCUGUGGCAUUGGACACUUCCAUAACUUAAUGACGAGAGUACAAUCUGAAAUGAAUAUCAACAUCAAAGAAUUGGACUUCAUGUCACUGUACAUCGACGAUGAGGGCGAGGAAGACUCGCAGACAAAACCUACAAGUGAAGAAUAUCAACUUGGUAAAGGCGUGUUAUAUUCAUGUCUGAUAUAUUUAGGAGAUCUAAGCCGUUAUCAGUUUGAAAUAUUUAACACUUUUGACUCUUCUCUAGCAGCUCGCUAUUAUCUUCAAGCGGCUAAAAUUGAUUUGACCUCAGGAAUGCCAUUUAACCAGCUGGGCAAUCUUUAUUUGGACCGAAAUUACAAUCUAGAUUCUGUAUGCUAUUAUAUCCAUUGCAUCAAUACAAUGACGCCAUUCGAGGGGUCAAUGGGUAAUUUAACUAAAAUAUUUGAAAAAAAUAAUCAAUUUUGCGAUGCACUUAAUAAUGCAGAUUCUUUAACUCAAACCGAGCAUAUGCAAGCAACAAUCGCUAAUUUCCUGUCUCUAAUUGACGUUUGGUACUUUGGGAAAGAAGACACAAACUUACCUAAAAUAUGCAACUCAAUUGCUCAACAGCUUAAAAUAGCUAUGGAUUUUGAUAAAACCCCUUUACCAGAUAUUAACAAUGAUUACUCUGAUUAUACUAAAGCUAUUGAGGAAGAAAACAUGAAUCCAUCUUAUAUGAAUGCUAGUGUUAUACACAAUAUUGUACAGAUCUGCCUUUUUACAAUAGGAAAGUUAAAUGAAAUAGAUGAGGUGAAAGCGUUUGCUUGUAAAGCCUUCACACUGGCAUUUCUAUCACAAGUGCUGCAGAAACUCCUAAAGCAGAUGGAGUCGUUUGGAUUUAAAAGCCCAGCUUAUAAGUACAAGUCCAAAUUUGCAAUAAAAUAUGAUAAAGAAAAGCUUGGGGAAACUGAAAAUUCACCAACAGACCAAGACCCAGCUUUAAAUAAAACCAAAUUAACAAAUGGUAAUAUACAUAGUCAUGACAAAACCUCGAAUAAGGAAAAUGUAUCUAAGGAAGAAACAAAGAUUAUGAAUGGCGAGACUAAAAAUAAUAAGAGGCAACCUUUAGCAAAGCGUCGACGUAGGCGUCGUGCUGUUUCCUCGGAGAGCACUAAUGACAGUAAUGCAGACAGCGAUAGCAGUGCGAUUGAUACAGAUAAAUCCGAUUCGGAGGAAGAAGGCUUGUCAGAUUCAACUUUCCAAUCUGAUGAUGAAUCGAAAAGUGAUGGUUCUCUCUGUGAUAUAUCUGACGACGAUUUAAAUAUAAAUGUGAAUGCAGGAUCACAGGAGAAACAAAAAAAGAGCAAUGGUGAUAUAACUAAAAUUGUUAAACUGGAAACCAAUUUUCCAAAAAAUGAUAUCGAUGGCGACAAUAACGUUCCCAUUGAAAAUAAAGACCAGCUAGAUGUUUCUGCCACUGAACAGUUUUUGUUCGGUGAUAACUUUUUGCCUAGCGUAAAAUUAUUGCAAGACUGGGUACUAACAGAGAAAGAAUUGAUUCUUUCGUGCGGAGAUAGUGGCGAGUCUUUAUUUCAAUGUGUGGUUGAUCUACUGAAUAUUUUCCUGUAUUAUUUCCACCCGAAAAACAAUGAAUUACACUCAAAGGUUCAGUGCAAAAUUUUGAACCAUACUAGAGCUAUAUAUAAAAAGUUUAAACUUGAGUUUAAGUUUCUACCACUGCCUGAAGAUAUCAAUUUGCGUGGUACUAAUAUUUGUAAAUUCGACAAAGAUGCUUCUGAGUGGCAAAUAAUAGAGAAGUUGAAACCUACAGUUAUUGAGGAAAAUGUUGUCAGAAUUAUGAACUUUAUCGACUUUGGAUACCAAAUUGCAAAAAUCAUUCCAAGAAUAAGAUUCAAUAAAACACUAAAAAUAUUUUAUUUUAAGAAACUCUUCCCUUCAAAGGUCAAUACUAAAAUAAGCCACAAUAAAAAAUGCAGGGAGUGGCACAAUUCAAAACAACAGGCAGAGUCUAAUAAUCAGGUGGAGCCUAAUAAUCGGGCAGAGAUGAAUAAUCGGGCAGAGAUGAAUAAUCGGGCAGAGAUUAAAAAUCAAGCAGAGCCUAAAAAUCUCGCAGAGGGUAAAAAACAAGCAGAUCCUAAAAAACAAGCAGAGAAUAAUAAUCACGGAGAGCCGAAUACUCGGGCAGAGAUUAAUAACCAGGUGGAGCCUAAAAAUCAAGCAGAGCCUAAAAAUCUCGCAGAGCGUAAAAAGCAGAUAAAUCCUAAAAAGCAGACAGAUCCUAAAAAGCAGGCAGACACUAAAACACACGCGCAGCAUAAAAAACAGGUAGAACCUAAAACACAGGCAGAGGCUAAAAUACACGCGCAGCCUAAAACACAUGCUGAGCCUAAAAAACAGGCAGAACCUACAACACAGGCAGAGCCUAAAAUACACGCGCAGCCUAAAACACAUGCAGAGCCUAAAAAACAGGCAGAACCUAAAAAACAGGUAGAGCCUAAAACACAUGCAGAGCCUAAGAAACAGGCUGAACCUAAAACACAGUCAGAGCCUAAAAAACAGGCAGAGCCUAAAAAACAGGCAGAGCCUAAAAAACAGGCAGAGCCUAAAAAACAGACAGAGCCCAAUAAUCAGGCAGAGUCCAAUAAUCAGGCAGAGCCCAACAAUCAGGCAGUGUCUUCUAACGGCGUGUUGCUGCGCCGCCUCGGUCACCUGUGGCUGACCUCCCAGGUCAGCGAGCUGGAACAGGAUCCGCACGUCGACAUACCAUCGAUGCUAGCUGUGGACACCGCCACGAUCUAUAAGCACCUGCGCAGAGUCAAACAAUUCGUGAGGACUGGCAAUUUUAUCAUACUCGUCCCCACUGUUGUUUUCCACGAGCUCGACGAACUGAAACGCGAAAAGAGCGCCGCUCGCGACGCCAUCCGCUGGCUUGAGACGGAGCUCAAGAGCGGGUCGAAAUGCCUUCGAACACAACGGACCGGGCAGGCGAAACCUUUACCCCUAUUGACAUGCCCGAAGAAAGCGCCCCCGCAUAUACUCAAUUACAUACAAAUUUUGGAGUUCUGCUAUCAUUUUAUGUCUGACGAGAAGCCUCAGGGUGGGAACGGUGACCCGGACAGCUCUAUUCAUGGGAAGUCCUCGUCUCUACUGGUGCUGCUCGUCGGCAACGAGCCGGGCCAGAGCGAGAAGCAGUACAAGGAGUUUAGCGUGAUGGGUGCGGCGCACUCUGCCGGAAUCGCCGUCGAGUACGUCGAUGACUUCUACACCAGAUGGCGGCAGUCGGCGAAAAACGGCAAGAAGAGAUGAACGAUGCAACGUUACGAAACGGUCUCGAUUGCUGAAAGGGGAACUGAAGCGACCCGCCGCAUGCGAAUCAUCGGGCUAAAAUGAUUUGUGUCAUAUACAUACACCGGAAAAUAAUCCCCGUACCGGUGCAGUCGCGUUUUUAUUGCAACGAUUGAUAUGAAAAUUGGUCGGACCAGAUUGUUAAAAUUUCGUUACUUAAAGGUCAUAAUAUGAAAUUUCUUGUAGCAAUUUCUAUGUUUAAUGGGAGUUUAUCUACUAUAUCACGUAAUGAGGCAUUAUUUUGAUCGUCUUAUUUGGAUGUUGUACCUUUAUCUUCAUGGUAAUAAAUAUUUGUAACUACCUAAAAA